AUGAAGGAAGAAGGGCCAAGGAUAAUAAUCUCGGAGGAAGAGAUUGAAGAAGGUCAAAGGGUAAUCUCGGAGGAGGUGAUUGAAGAGCUGCUGAACAUUAUUACGAAUGACAUAUAUGAAGAAGAGCUGAGGAAGAAACUUUUUGAAGAAUUGGUGAAAGUCAUCAAGGGGAUUUUUGAAGUGAUGAAUGGAAUAUAUGAAAAAGCGAUUGAUAAUGCAAUAGCUCAAGAGACUGAGAAGCUACAGAAGAAUCGUACGGAAGCGAUCGAGGAGAAGAAUCAAGAGAUUAAGAGAUUAAACAAGGAGAUGAUUAAAAAAUUGGAAGAAGAGCAUUGUGAGUUAGAAGAAGUCGAGUAUACAAACUCUGCCUUGCUCCUCAAGGAACGUCAGAGCAACGAUGAGAUUCAAGAAGCACGCAAAGAAUUGAUUAGGGGUUUUAGGGAUUUAUGUUGUGAUGAUAGAUCCACGAUUGGAGACAAGUGGAUGGGAAAACUUGAUAAGAAGCCUUUCAUUCAAACUACCCUCACCGAUCCAUCAUGGUACCCUUUCAAACGAGUUGGCAGUGGAGAGAAAAUGAAGGAAGUGGUGGAUGAAGAAGAUGAUAAACUUAAGACUCUGAGAGAAGAGUGGGGAGAAGAUGUGAAGAACGCGGUUAAGACAGCACUCGAGGAGCUCAAUGAGUUCAAUCCAAGUGGCCGUUACACAGUUCCGGUACUUUGGAAUUUUGAACAAGGGAGGAAAGCAACACUCAAAGAAGGUAUUGCUCAGAUGACUAAGGAGGUCAAGACUCUCAAACGCCAACUAACCUGA